AUGUACCCAACUAGGUCGUAUCCAAGUGCGCUUGUGUGUUUGUGGCCAUGUUGCAUAGAUCGUGCUGUCUUCCCAACUGCACGUUGUUUUCUAACUGCUGCUUCCACCCAUUCCUUCACCUCCCACAAGGCGCACAUUCUAUUCGGUGAUUAUGAGUAUCUGCACAUCUUCCAGGCAGCGUAUGAUGCCGUCAUGGCACACAUAUUCCAUGACCCAUGGUACGUGGAGGUCAACAUGGACGUGGCAGUCGUCGUCUGGCCGCUCUUCAACUCCCUCCAGGCCUUCUGGCCAGGGCUGCAGGUCAUGAUUGGUGACGUUGAUCGAGCAGCCCGCUCCCACCGCGCCUUCUUCUCGGUGUGGCGGCGCUUCGGAUUCACCCCGGAGGGAUUCAACCUGGCUCAAUCAGCUGUGCAGCCGGGGCAGACAUCGUAUCCGUUAAGGCCAGAGCUGGCUGAGAGCACUUACUGGCUGUAUAAGGCCACGCGCGACCCCUUCUACCUGGCCGUUGGGAGGGACAUGGUUGCCAGCUUGGCGCUGACGCGCUGCCGAUGUGGCUACUGCCACGUCAGCGACGUCGAGACGCAUGCCCUGGACGACCAUAUGGAGAGCUUCUUCCUCUCGGAAACUGUGAAAUACCUCUAUCUGCUAUUUGACUUGGCCUUGGGAGGAGACAACAUCAUGGACAAUGGCCCAUACCAGUAUGUCUUGACAACGGAGGGUCAUCUCCUUCCAUUAACUCCUGAGAUCUCUUUCCCUUCAGAGCACUGCUCCUACCUCAACAGCUUCUGUGCGCCUCCCCAGGCCAGCAGUUGCCGGGUUCACGAGGGGGAGAUCUACAGGGAUUUUGUCAAGGUAUUUCUUUAUGGAGAAGAUUAG